GGUCGCCAAACAAAGUCUCACAUGCUAGCCCCCUUGGCGGUCCCACAUCCCUGUCGUGGUCUAGGCCCGUCUGGAACCGCCUCUGUGUUCAGCCCUAUAGCCAGCUCUUAUAUCCCCAUAUACACAGCAGCGUCUCCCCCGAAGCGGCCAAUCCUCUCGUCCAAACCGUAGGUAGCAUACCCGAAGCCAUGCACAUGCGUGUGGCACGCGCUUCACGUGUGGAGAGGACCACAACUUCUUGCGGAGAGUGCAGGAGAAGGAAGCAGAGAUGUAACCAGGGUCGGCCUUGUAGCAACUGCGCCCGCCGGUUUCCUCAGCCUGCUUGCGAGUACAAGUCGACGGAAAGGCGCCCUGCUAGCCAUGUCGAAGAAACCUCGCAAGGCCUCCUACCCUUGGCCCAGUCAACGACCUAUUCGGACGCCGCCGCGGAUUGCGAUUCCCCGUUAUCGCUGAGACCAAAGCCACCGCUGCAGAUGCCAUGGCCCGAACUACAUGAUCCGAAGGUUGGCGAGGUUGUCCGAUGGUCAGGGAUUGACGUCCCGACCCAGUUCCCCGGUCUAGUGUCGUCCCAAAAUCCAUGGAACAGCCCGUGGGCAGCCGCUCCGGGGACCUUGGGACCAUCGGGGCUACCUGUCUGCGACGACACUUGCGCCAUGCACCAAGAUGCAGCUUACGACGUUCCCAGCCCAUUACCGGGAACGCAGACAAUCCCCAGCCGAUUCUCCAGCGCCGAAUGGCACCCCGCGAACACCGACGAGGUUAUCUCCUGGAUAGCGAAUUUCGACAUCUCUACCUCGUACAGCCAUCUCUGGCUCGCGGCCAGCCCGGCGGAGGAGGCCCCUCACCUGCCAGCAGCACCUACCAAGCAGGAUACUGAUCUCCUAAGAAUAUUUGUGAACCUUCUGUCCCGAUUCAAGGCAUCGCUGGAUGGCAACCCAGACUCUUCCAACCCCUAUAAUAAGUACUAUGUUCCGUUCUGCCUUAAGACGCCAAUCUUGACGCAGGUGGCCAUUCACACGGCUGCUUGCUUUCUCAGCGAGACGGGUCAUCUCGACGAGCGAGUGGCAAUGGCCCACAAAGGCCUGUCCAUCAGGCUUCUAAACGAUCACCUUCGCUCCGAGUCCUCGUCCAGUGACGAGGUGAUAGCCGCAGUAAUUCAGCUCAUCGUGGACGAGUGGUAUUGGGGCGAGACGAACGACUUGCGCGCCCAUCUGCGGGGGCUUCGAGAGAUGAUCCGGUUGCGAGGUGGAUUCCGCAACCUGGGUCUAUAUGGCCUCAUCAGCAGGCUGGCUAUCAUUUCCGACAACUCCAUCGCUCUCUCCUUCGAAAUCUCUCCCUUCCUCCAGGAUGGCCCCGAGUUCGAACUCCUGGAGAGCACGAAAGUGCCUCUGCGCCUAGCACACAAUACUCCCCUCGUAUCUCCGCUCCCUCGGUUCAUCGAUUGUGCGGAAGCGCUCAAACUCCAUCCAGCAACCGCGUCGAUUCUCGAUGACGUGAGGUUUCUCAUUUCGACCGUGCUAGCUCUCUCGGACGCGGCUUCCGCGAAAGAACUUCAGAAGGUAUGCACGACUUCGGCCUGGAUCCAUGACCGGAUCUCCAAACUCCCAGACUAUUCGCCGCUUGUGCGCUGUCCCUCGACAGCUGCUCCUGCAGGAGCAGCCGCGGAUGAUAAGGGAUCGGGAAAUAAUGGGGGUGUGGAAGUCAGUGAUGAUGUCACGCAUGGAGACGUGCAGCAAGGGGACGCCAGAAGUGGUCCGUCUGGCACGGGCUCGGGAAUCCAGGGCCAGAAAGGAGAACAGGGGCAGGAGUGUGUGGUGCCACGGGCGGAGCCCGAACCCCCGGACUACCUAUAUCAGUCCGUUCGACUGGCGGCCCUCAUGUACAGCCGCGCCAUCAUGGAACGUCAGCCGUUCAGCUCUGUUGUCGCACAGGCGGACUUCCUACAACUCUGGACAACCAUGUGGCGGGUCCCCCUGGCAACCUGGAAGGGGGUCCUCGGCGUCUUCAACUGGGCUGUCCUGCCCGUCACCCCCGCGGCGAGCGGUACGCCGCACGACCGGUCCGUGAAGUCGAUGCUGACCAACAGCACGCUGCAGAUGAGCCUCGAUAACUGGGAGCUCACGAGCGGUGCCAUGAAGUCCGGCUUGAGUCUCCAGCGCUGGCUGGGACGAGGGGCGGGAGCACCUGCAAAUGCAGAGGCGGUCGACGCGGCAUCCGACCAUGGGAGCAGGGGCAGUUUUGCCAGUAGUCACGACACGCAUGUUUAGAAAAGGCGUGUUGUUCUAGGUUUCCUCAAUGUUUGUAUCUCGGAGUCAGGGGCGUCAAUGACGGAAGACCCUAUCAUGAUUGGACACAGGGUUUGGCUGUCCAGUCGCGACCUUUUCUAUGGUUUCCUCUGGCGAGGAGUUGGAACAUGGCACAGCCUGGCGCAUCGGUAUCACCUGGUUACUUGUACUCAGUAGAGUCGUCCAGUUAUAUCCAACAGAAAGUUUGAUGUUUCGGCUGUUGGCCAAAGCCCUGUAUAUAUAUUUUUAACCGGACGUUCCCGGAAAGGGGGAUCCAGAGGCACGUUCCUAACUCGGUUGGUAAUUCGGGUUGGUUGGACUCAGGUGCGAAGGAGGACGAGGUCUAAGGUGGCCCUAUCACAACAUAGCCCACUUGGGCAUCGAGUCCUCCAGU